AUGAGCAUGUUGAAGCACUGAUCUCGCUGCUACACUCUCAAACCUCUCUGGAGGACAUCAGUCUGUAUGUGAGCAGCGUGACAGAGAGGUGUGCUGCCAGUGUAGUCAGUCUGAGCCAGGCCUGCCCAAACCUGAGGAUGAUAUCCCUUCAUGUAGUUGAACACGGUUUGUUAUUGGAGGAAGUAUUACAACACUUACGUGCAUCAAAGAGGCGCCCAGAUUGCCGGUUACUUGUCGCCGGGUGGAGAUGCAGGAAGCCUGCUGACAAGUGCACAGGCCGGAAGGACUGGAGUCUCUGUUGUGAUGACUCUGUUAGACUCACUCUACAAGGAGAAACAUUCACAGAGAAUGUGAUAAGGCAUGGGAAGGAAAGUGAUAGGCCUAGUGUUCACCCUAAGACUAAUAGAUGGUGUGUUGUUGCCUAGUGACCACGAUGAAGACAGCAGAGAUGGUGUGUUGUUGCAUAGUGACCACGAUGAAGACAACAGAGAUGGUGUGUUGUUGCCUAGUGACCACGAUGAAGACAACAGAGAUGGUGUGUUGUUGCAUAGUGACCACGAUGAAGACAACAGAGAUGGUGUGUUGUUGCCUAGUGACCACGAUGAAGACAACAGAGAUGGUGUGUUGUUGCAUAGUGACCACGAUGAAGACAACAGAGAUGGUGUGUUGUUGCAUAGUGACCACGAUGAAGACAACAGAGAUGGUGUGUUGUUGCAUAGUGACCACGAUGAAGACAACGGAGAUGGUGUGUUGUUGCCUAGUGACCACGAUGAAGACAACAGAGAUGGUGUGUUGUUGCAUAGUGACCACAAUGAAGACAACAGAGAUGGUGUGUUGUUGCAUAGUGACCACGAUGAAGACAACAGAGAUGGUGUGUUGUUGCCUAGUGACCACGAUGAAGACAACAGAGAUGGUGUGUUGUUGCAUAGUGACCACGAUGAAGACAACAGAGAUGGUGUGUUGUUGCAUAGUGACCAUGAUGAAGACAACAGAGAUGGUGUGUUGUUGCAUAGUGACCACAAUGAAGACAACAGAGAGGGUGUGUUGUUGCAUAGUGACCACGAUAAAGACAACAGAGAUGGUGAGAAACACAGCAUACAAGAGGACAAAGACAACAGAGAUGGUGAGAAACACAGCAUACAAGAGGACAAAGACAACAGAGAUGGUGAGAAACACAGCAUACAAGAGGACAAAGACAACAGAGAUGGUGAGAAACACAGCAUACAAGAGGUAAAAGACAACAGAGAUGGUGAGAAACACAGCAUACAAGAGGUAAAAGACAACAGAGAUGGUGAGAAACACAGCAUUCAAGAGGACAAAGACAACAGAGAUGGUGAGAAACACAGCAUACAAGAGGACAAAGACAACAGAGAUGGGGAGAAACACAGCAUACAAGAGGACAAAGACAACAGAGAUGGUGAGAAACACAGCAUUCAAGAGGACAAAGACAACAGAGAUGGUGAGAAACACAGCAUACAAGAGGUAAAAGACAACAGAGAUGGUGAGAAACACAGCAUACAAGAGGUAAAAGACAACAGAGAUGGUGAGAAACACAGCAUACAAGAGGUAAAAGACAACAGAGAUGGUGAGAAACACAGCAUUCAAGAGGACAAAGACAACAGAGAUGGUGAGAAACACAGCAUACAAGAGGACAAAGACAACAGAGAUGGGGAGAAACACAGCAUACAAGAGGACAAAGACAACAGAGAUGGUGAGAAACACAGCAUUCAAGAGGACAAAGACAACAGAGAUGGUGAGAAACACAGCAUACAAGAGGACAAAGACAACAGAGAUGGUGAGAAACACAGCAUUCAAGAGGACAAAGACAACAGAGAUGGUGAGAAACACAGCAUACAAGAGGACAAAGACAACAGAGAUGGUGAGAAACACAGCAUUCAAGAGGACAAAGACAACGGAGAUGGUGAGAAACACAGCAUACAAGAGGACAAAGAAAACAGAGAUGGUGAGAAACACAGCAUACAAGAGGACAAAGACAACAGAGAUGGGGAGAAACACAGCAUACAAGAGGACAAAGACAACAGAGAUGGGGAGAAACACAGCAUACAAAAGGACAAAGACAACAGAGAUGGUGAGAAACACAGCAUACAAGAGGUAAAAGACAACAGAGAUGGUGAGAAACACAGCAUACAAGAGGACAAAGACAACAGAAAUGGUGAGAAACACAGCAUACAAGAGACUGAGGACAAAGACAAGAGUGAAGAUACAUACCUUUGAUCCACUUAGAUUUGGACUGAUACUAACUAUACAUAGUGGACAUGUUUUGUUUUUGUUUUUUUUCUUCAAAAUGGAACUUUAGAUUUUAGAAUUACUACAAGAUAAUUUUGCCAAAUUGGACGGGGAAGCACAAGACUUUAGCAUAUAGACUGCUACACCACCCAAGGUGAAUCAAUCCCCCAUCAUCUCCUCCUCUUGCUCUCUCUAGCUCUCUUUGUCUCUCUUCCCUCUCUCUCUGUCACACCCUUACACAUGUUUGAAUCUGACCUGUGCCAAUCGUGGUCCAUAGGGUUCUGUUAAAAUAAAGUGCACUGCAUAGGGAAUAGGGUGCCAUUUGGGACCCGUGUCUGUACUUGUUAGCAUUUCAUAUAUUUAAUCUUACUCUGUCUCUAAAAAUGAAAUAAGGAGGUUUUAUCCUUGUUCUUAUAAAAGCUGUGUCUUUUUAUUUUUUUGUAAUACUGUGGAAAAAUAAUGACAUACAAUUUGAAAAAAUAUUGAAUAAAAAUAAAAAUGAAAACACA